AUGGAGACUCGUGUUGUGGGUGUUGAAUCGGCCUUAUCCAGUGUCCAAAACCAGCUCAACGAUCAUGGAUUGCUGCUUAAGGAUCAUGCGUUGGAGCUGGGCUCUCUGAAGGACGUGUUGGAUCGUUUGGUUACUGCCCAAGGCAGGGUGGCAGAUGAGCUUGCUUCUCUUCGCGAAGGAUCUCAAGGUAUUCCUGGUUCGGGGCGUCGUCUUUCCGGCGAGGGGUCUGUGGCGACUGGCGGGGGCGCUUCCUCCGGCCGUGUGGUGGAUGGUGGGGAUAGACGAUCUGAAUUUCGGGCUCGGAAGAUCGAAUUGCCAGUUUAUACGGGAGAUGACCAAGAUGAUUGGACUUAUCGUGCAGAGCGCUACUUUAAUUUACAGCGAUUGUCCCCGGCCGAGCAACUGGAAGCGGCGGUCUUGUGCCUUGAAGGAGUGGCUCUGUCUUGGUUUCGCUGGGAAAAUCAGCGGCGACCCAUUCCCACGUGGGAGGAGUUGAAACUUCUACUCCUCCGGCGAUUUCGUCCCACCCAUGAGGGGUCGGUUUAUGAUCGGUUCUUUGUCCUCCAACAGGUCACUUCGGUUCAAGAAUAUCGUCGACGAUUUGAAGCUCUUGCUGCUUCGGUAGAGAUAAUGGGGGAGGCUGCAUUGCAGGCUGCUUUUUUGAAGGGCCUUAAAGUAGAGAUCCAGGCCCCUUUGAGAAUUUUGGAGCCCAAUGGGCUGUUACACAUGAUGGAAUUGGCUGAGCAAAUUGAAGCCAAUCAAGCUUUCACUAAAAGCUUUCGGACUGGGCCUAGUGGGCCCAUUAGGGCACAUCCACGACCACCUUUGACCAGCCUCUCCCUACCUGAACACAGUAAGGGCACUUUUGUCAUUUCUCCAUCAUCUUCCUCCUCUUCUAGCCUGACUCUUACUAGCCCUAAACCAGCGGCGGCUCCGGCGACGUCCACGGCGUAUCGCCGCCUGUCUGAAACCGAACUCCAGGAGAAGAAACGCAGGGGAGUUUGCUUUAAAUGUGACGGGCGUUGGACUCAAGGGCACGAAUGCUCGCAGGCGGAGGUUCAGGUGGUGAUUAUUCAAGAUGAGGCCGUGGAUGCACCGGCCACUGAUCCGAUUGGGGAGGUUCUGGGCAUUGCAGCAGCUACGGAGGCGGCUGAGGCGCACAUGGUGGAAGUUUCUCUCAAUGCAGUGGUCGGGUUGACGUCCCCCAAAACUAUGAAGAUUUUGGGUUCUAUCUUGGGCCACGAAGUGGUGGUUUUGGUGGAUAGCGGGGCGACACACAAUUUCAUCACCACGGAAUUAGCCCAGAAAUUGGCAUUGCCAUUAUCCACGACUGAUGCUUAUGGGGUGCAACUGGGCAGUGGUCAAGCAGUGAAGGGGGAAGGCAUAUGUCGCUCGGUGCCGUUACAUUUGCAAGGACUGGAAAUAAUCGAAGAUUUCCUACCGUUGCAACUAGGCAGUACUGAUGUUAUCUUGGGCGUCCAAUGGCUGCAAACUUUAGGGGAAACCACUCACCAUUGGAGGAACCAUACGAUGAAACUUCGAAUCCAGGAUCAGCCCGUGGUUUUACAUGGAGACCCUCUGCUUCACAAGACUUGCAUUUCGUUGAAACAGAUGGUACGGCUGCUCCAACGUGAGCGGCAAGGUGUUUGGGUCGAGUUGGGUUGCACUUCGGUUAUUCCGGGCUUGGCAGCAUAUUCGGAUGAGAUACAACAACUUUUACAGCGGUACAAACAUGUUUUUGACACACCAACUUCGCUACCGCCGCCGAGACGACAUGAUCACGCCAUUGUCCUUCAGCCCGGCACCACUCCAGUGAGUAUUCGCCCCUAUCGGUACCCACAUGGCAUCAAGGAUGAGGUCGAGAAAAUUGUUCAAGAGAUGCUGAAAUCAGGGGUGAUCCAGCCAAGUAACAGUCCCUACUCGAGCCCUAUUCUUUUGGUUAGAAAAAAGGAUGGUGGAUGGAGGUUUUGUGUGGAUUAUAGGGCCCUUAAUAGAGCCACGGUACCCGAUAAAUUCCCCAUUCCAGUUAUUGACGAGUUGAUAGACGAGUUGCAUGGGGCUCAUGUAUUUUCGAAGCUUGACUUGCGCUCGGGGUACCAUCAAAUUCGGGUGCGGCCGGAAGAUAUCCAUAAAACGGCCUUUAGGACUCAUGAAGGCCACUAUGAGUUUGUAGUGAUGCCAUUUGGACUGACCAACGCCCCCGCCUCCUUUCAAUCUCAGAUGAACGACAUUUUCCAGCCCCAUCUUCGAAAAAGAGUAUUGGUCUUUUUCAACGACAUCCUCGUCUAUAGCCCGGAUGAGGAAACUCAUGUCAAAGAUCUUGAAAUCGUGUUGCAAACAUUGUCUCACCACCAGUUUUUUGCUAAUUUCAAGAAGUGCUGUUUUGGACAGCGGCAAGUUGAGUAUUUGGGUCACAUUAUUUCAGGCAAGGGGGUGGCGGUGGACCCUUCUAAGAUCCAAUCUAUGCUGGAUUGGCCGCUGCCCAAAACAAUUAAAGGGCUGCGGGGAUUCCUUGGGCUCACAGGGUAUUAUAGGAAGUUUGUCAAGAACUAUGGGGCCAUUGCUAGACCUCUUACUGACCAACUCAAAAAAGACCAAUAUGGCUGGACCGAAGAAGCUUCUGCUGCAUUUGAAGAACUGAAGAAAGCGCUGACCACAGUACCUGUCUUAGCACUUCCAGAUUUUACCAAGUCGUUUGUGGUUGAAACUGAUGCUUCGGGGUUUGGCGUAGGAGCUGUUUUGAUGCAGGAGGGACGGCCACUAGCGUAUUUCAGUCAGGUAUUGAAGCCCAAAGCGAGGCUGAAAUCCAUAUAUGAAAAAGAACUCAUGGCUAUUGUUCUAGCGGUACUCAAAUGGCGACCUUACCUCCUAGGACGACGAUUUAUUGUGCGAACAGACCAGAAAAGUCUCAAAUUUCUGUUAGAACAGCGGCUGGUUACUCCGGAACAUCAGAAGUGGUUAGUCAAAUUGUUGGGAUUUGAUUUUGAUAUUCAAUAUCGCUCAGGGGAAACAAAUAGGGCGGCUGAUGCUUUGUCUCGGGUCGUUCAUGUGGAAUGUUCUUUACUGACAUCUACUACAUGGAUGGAUUGGGAGCUAGUUGAUCGUGAGGUGGCAGCGGACCCUUUUUUGUCUCGGGUUAAGGCAGAUUUGGAGCAAGGAAAAGUCAUUGCUGGGUUUUCAAUAUCCUAG